AGGUAAAAAAAAACAUGGCCGCUUCCACAACCAGUCGUUUUGUGCGCUGCGUGUCUAAAGCUUUACCCCGGCUCAACACGACUUGGACACCCUUCAGUUCCUGUAGAUAUGAAAAUGUCUCCGGUUCGACUUUCACGUCGUGUCGCUAUUAUAUUUCUGGACUGGAUACGAGUCGAAGGAGAGAAGAAAACAACGUGACAUUGAGGGGGUGUGCAGGGUUUAAUCGGCUCUGUUUGUUCAGCUCGCACGCCUUCCAUAGCAGCUCGGUGUGUCACGAGGAGCAGGAUUUGUACAGUGUGCUGGGAAUCCCACGCACCGCUACGCAGAAAGAGAUAAAGAAAGCGUACUAUCAGCUGGCGAAGAAAUACCAUCCCGAUACAAACCAAGAUGACCCGCAGGCUAAAGAGAAGUUCUCCAAGCUAGCGGAAGCAUACGAGGUUCUGAGCGAUGAAGUAAAACGAAAGCAGUAUGAUACGUACGGUUCGGCGGGGCCGAGCGCAAGCGGAGCGGGGCAGCAGUACUGGCGGAGCAGCACCACCGUGGACCCAGAGGAGCUGUUCAGGAAGAUCUUUGGGGAAUUUACCGGAGCGCAAGGGUUCGGAGACUUCAGCUCCAUUUUCGAACAGCCGCUCGAGUACGUCAUGGAGCUGACGUUCACCCAGGCAGCCAAAGGAGUGAACAAGGAGAUCACAGUGAACAUCGAGGAUGACUGUCCACGUUGCCAUGGUAAAGGUCACGAGCCGGGCACCAAAGUCACACAGUGUCACUACUGCAACGGCACCGGCAUGGAGUCGGUAAACACGGGCCCGUUUAUGAUGCGCUCCACGUGUCGGCGCUGUGGUGGGCGGGGCUCAAUCAUCAUCACGCCCUGUGUGAUGUGCAGAGGAACAGGCCACACCAAACAGAAAAAGAGCCUCAUGGUGCCUGUACCUGCAGGAGUGGAGGACGGCCAGACGGUGAGGAUGUCCACAGGAAAUAAGCAGGUUUACAUCACGUUCAGAGUCCAGAGGAGUCCGACGUUUCGGCGUGAUGGGCCUGACAUCCACUCUGACGUAAUGAUCUCCGUGGCUCAGGCCAUUCUCGGUGGAACGGCUCGAGCUCAGGGCCUCUACGGGACGGUCGACAUUGCGAUUCCUCCAGGGAUUCAGACGGACCAGAAGAUUCGUCUGGGUGGUAAAGGAAUCGCCCGUGUGAAUGGGUACGGCUACGGAGACCACUACGUCCACAUCAAGGUCAAAGUGCCCAAGAAGUUGAGCCGGAGGCAGCGGGAUCUGAUCCUGAGCUACGCCGAAGAGGAGACUGACGUAGAGGGAUCCGUGAAUGGAGUGACCCGAUCAGCAUCAGCAAGCUCCCAGCAUGCAGCGAAGGAAUCCAGGGAGGACCCGAAGAAUGACGAGGAGCAGCCGGAGAAGGAGGAGGGUGGAUUUUUCUCCAGACUAAAAAAGAUGUUCUCCUGAAGGCAUAGAGAAGGUGAGAGGCCUGUGAGCUGUUAGAGUUCGGAUGCACAGAAGCUCUCCACUCAUCUCAGGAAGAGAGAGAGAGAGAGAGAGAGAGAGAGAAAGCGAUGUACAGAGGAAGAGGAAUGAGAAGAGAGAGGCAUCCAGAGAGCUAUUUCUGUUACCAGAAAUACAGAGCGCUUUGGAUAAUGAGGCUUCUGUUAAUGAAAUCAGUGUACUGAAGUACGAACUCUUUGUGAAGCUCGAAGAUAACGGUUAAUUAACGUAAUCGCACAAUUUGUUCAUGUAAACGUUAUGCUGGUUAAUGUGUAUUUUUCUAAUAUAUAAAAGAAUGAAGUUGUUUCAAAGCGAUAACAAGUGGUAACAUUAAAUAUAACUAUCAAGAAAAAAAAA